AUGACUCGUGUAGUCAUCCAUGGAAUGAUUGAAAAUUAUCAAGCACCAUGGUACGAUCAAAUGCGGCAAGCUUUUCUUGAUACGGAAGAUAGCAACGUGAUCUUUGUCGAUUGGUCGAAAACGAAUCAUUUUCCGUAUACUCAAGUAACAGCUAAUACGCAGAUGGUUGGCGCUGAAGUGUCAUUGUUAAUCAAUGAGUUAAUCGCCAAUCAUGGAGCAGAUCCACAACUAAUUCACUUAAUUGGCCACAGUUUGGGUGCACAUGCAGCCGGUUAUGCAGGAUCUCGUAUUGUUCCUCGUGUAAGUCGCAUCACGGGUCUUGAUCCAGCUGGGCCUUACUUUGAAUGGACUGAUCCUCUUGUUCGUUUGGAUCCCACUGAUGAUCAAUUUGUCGAUGUCAUUCACACGGAUGGACAACGUCAUGCUCAAUUGGGUCUCGGUCUUUUGCAACCAUUAGGUCAUGUUGAUUUCUAUCCAAAUGGAGGUCUUGAACAACCUCAGUGUCCUAAAAUGACUGGAAAAAUCUGGAAUGCCAUUAUUAAUGCAUUGAAUAACGAAGAGAGUUUAGGCAAAGUUCAAAUGGUUUAUUUAGGUUUUGUUGAUACAGUGUUAUGUAGUCACUUGUUCUCAGUGUAUACAUUUACUGAUUCCAUUCGAAAUUCGAAUUGUUCAUAUGUCUCUAUCGCUUGUUCUUCGAUGGAGAAAUUAACACAGACAGAUGAAUGUAGUCGAAAUGCAAUCAAUCGAAUGGGUCUCCACGCUUCAUCAUUUCCUCAAGUAUCAUUCUAUUUGUCGACACAAGAUGCAAAUAGAUAUCCGUACUGUCGCAGGUAA